AUGAGUUAUUUCGCUCCCCCUUCUGAUGUGUCUGUGACUGAGAAGGAGGAUGCCUUCCUUCGAAAACAUGUGCCUCGAUACACCAACCUGCUGCUGAUCGGCCACUCCACUGGCUGCUACAUCAUCCUGGAGAUGAUGAAGAGAGCUCAAGAGAUGAAGGUUGUGAAGGCUGUGAUGGUCUUUCCCACGAUUGAGCACAUGGCCUGUAGCCCUCAAGGCAAGGUCAUGACCCCUGUGCUCUGUCGUCUGCGGUACGCCGUCUAUUUGCCCAUCAUCCUGCUCUCCCUCCUGCCCGAGAGACUGAAGACCAGCAUGGUGCGUCUGACCCUGAGGAAUUUAUAUGCACUGGACAACUCCAUCAUCCCUGCCACGAUCACCCUAAUUAAUGUAGACUGUGCUGCAAAUGGUAUGUACAUGGAGAGCCACGAAAUGCAUCUGGUUGUAGAAAGAGACAACUUAACCAUACGUCAACACCUCAGCAAGCUUAAUUUUUAUUAUGGAGCGAUGGACCACUGGUGCCCUGUGCAGUACUACCAUGAUAUCAGAAAGACCUCCCCUGAAGGGUACAUUCAUCUCUGUGAGAGGGGCAUCCGGCAUGCAUUUGUCCUGGAUGCAGGGGAAGAAGUGGUCAACAUGACCACAGAACGGAUCUAUGAUGACCUGAGGACGCUGUAA